AACUUGUAAUAAACCGGACACACAUACACAGGUAAAAUCAUUUUCUGCUCGAACAAAAAAAUACAGCAGUAGCUACUAGUUAGCUCACUGCCACAGUUAACUUGCCAACCAGAUGAAAGGUCUAUUACUUUUCCUGGUUCACUCUAUUGUUCGAUUGGAUGGGUCUGAGUACAACAUUCAGACAUGGCGGAAGGAACGGUGGACCAUGUUACUGAUGGAGAGCAAGAAGAAGCAUAUUUUUACCGAGAAAGGAUUAAAUGUACACCAGAAGAGGAGACAAGGCUCGAAAGGCAACACUUUUGGAAAGUGAUCGAUGCGUUUAGAUACUACAGGAUGCAUGUUCAAGAGCGGGUGAAUCGAGCAGAACGUCAGUUCCAGAGUCUUCCGGAGCAUCACCAGCUGCUGCUGCCCGGGGUCUUGCCCAACCUGGCCCGUAUCCGUCGCAGUGUGGACCACAACCAGGAGGUGUUGCAGGCCAUCGUACUCAACUGUGUCCACAUGUUUGAGAACAUGGAGUAUGGCGAAGAGGAUGACCUGAGGAAGGCGGGUACGUCUUCCACGUUCGACAUGGACAAGCUCAAGUCCACCAUUAAGCAGUUUGUGCGUGACUGGAGCGAGGCCGGCCAGGCUGAGAGAGACUCCUGCUACCUGCCCCUCAUCCAAGAGAUCCAGAGACUCUUUCCCAGCAACAAGUGUGAUGUGUCCAAGGUGAGCGUGCUGGUUCCGGGGGCAGGGCUUGGUCGCCUGGCAUGGGAAAUCGCUCGUCUGGGUUAUGCCUGCCAAGGCAACGAAUGGAGCUUCUUCAUGCUCUUCUCCUCAAACUUUGUCCUCAACAGGUGUGAAAAGGUCAACUCCAUGACCCUGUACCCCUGGAUCCACCAGUUCAGCAACAACAAGAGGUCAUCUGACCAGACGCGGCCAAUCAGCUUCCCAGACGUCAACCCCCAGAGCCUGCCUCUAAACUCGGAUUUCUCCAUGGUGGCUGGGGACUUCCAGGAGGUCUACACAGAGCCUAACACCUGGGACUGUGUGGCUACCUGCUUCUUCAUCGACACAGCGCACAAUGUCAUCGACUACGUGGAGACCAUCUGGAACAUUCUCAAACCUGGAGGCGUGUGGAUCAAUCUUGGCCCACUGCUGUACCACUUUGAGAACAUGGCCAACGAGCUCUCCAUCGAGCUCAGCUACGAGGAUGUCAGGGCAGCAAUUUUAAAAUAUGGAUUCCAUUUGGAGGUGGAGAGAGAGUCUGUCCCCACCACCUAUACAGAGAACGAUCAGUCCAUGCUGAAGUACCUGUACGACUGUGUUUUCUUUGUGGCAAGGAAACCUGACCAUCUGUAUGCCAACGGUUUCCAGGUGGUCCAUAAGAACAGACCGGAAGCGUCGCAACGGCGAGAGAGCUGCAACAGUCUGACGUGACAUCGUCUGUCGCGUCAUCGCAGAGCAACAACCGGAAAAAACGCAAUUGGCCACCACCAAGGGCAUAAAAAAAAUUGUAAGAUGACAGAAACACAAGUCAAUGGACAGGUUUGCUUUCAUGUUUCUUCUUCUUUAUAUUGUCUCAUCGCCAGAGCUGCCAAAUCACCUUACUUCAUCCCCUGAGCCUUUGAGAUUGAGACAGAUGCCUAUUAUGAACUCAAGUGACUAAAUCUUUCAGCACAGGACUGUUUGUCUUCAGUUAAAGAGACAAAGUGACGCCUCUAUCUCCAUGGUGACCUGAUGUAGUUGCAUGCGUGUCAGAGACCCGCCUCUACGUCUUCCCAUUGUAUUUAUUUUGUAAAAUACAGUUACCAACUCUGGCUAUUUAUAGUAUUUUUUUGAAUCACUUAAAAUCAGAUGCUGAAGUGGCUGGAGUUGGAUAUUUUAACCUAUAUUGUAUGAUUGGACACAGAUUGAGUUUCAGCAUUACACCCUGGAUCUAGUUACUCACUUAAUAAAGAAAAACACAAUUCUUUAAAAGAAAGAAAACGUUUCAUUGACUGAGAGGGACUGUCUAAUUUUCAUGACUCAAUAGUGUCUUUAGGGUCAUUCCAUGAAAAGUGCCUUUGACAUUAAGUAUUAAUUGUGCACCAAUAUUGCAUUUUAAAAGCCUGAUAUUUAAAUGACGUGCCCUUUAAUAUAGACCACAUGGAGAAUUCAAUAAAUUCGUUUUUUUUUUUUUAUAUGAAUAAAGACUUACUCAAGCGCCAAAAAUCCCUCUGUGACUUCUAGAAUGAUUUUAACCCACUUAACCCCAACAUUUCUCCAAGCUUUCACAAACAUUGUAAAGACCUAGUUAUUUUGUUGCUUUGACAGUCAUUUCUGAAGAUUAUAAUUUAUUUAGUGUGAUUAGUGAUUCAUUUACAUCUGUCCCUCAUUUUAAGGUCACGUAAACUGAACUCUCAUUUUCUGGUGUUUUGUGGAGAAAAACUGAGCGGAUCGAGCAUAACACGUCAACCCUGUUACCCAUAGAUCGACAUUCUAGAAAUAAUUUAACAAUAAAUACAUUUUUGUGAAGCUUGCAUUCAAUUGCCACUUCCAGUUGCACACAAGCUUCCAUUCCCCCUGUCAAAAGGGGAUUCAUUGCUGAUUAAAGAUGAAGUCAUUGUUUACUUUA